GCGACUUCCUGGGGGUGGAGAACCCGGGCUGGGCGCGUCCCUCCCCAUUUGGAGGAGCUGUCCGGGCCGCCGCCGGGAAGGGGCCAGCCAAGGCCGGCGAUGGUGGUGCUGAAGAGGAGGGAAGCCCCCGGAGGUCCCCGAGGGGGGGCCCAGCAGGAGGAGGAGCAGCAGCAAGGGGGAGCCCCCUCGCUGCCUUCCUAUGGAAGGAUCGAAGAUUGCCGGCCUCCGCUGGCAAACGCUUCCGCCAAACGGUUCUCCCCAGCCAAACGGAAACAGUACUUCAUCAACCAAGCCAUCCGCAACUCAGACCUCACCCCCAAAGCCAAAGGACGCAAGAGCCUCCAGCGGCUGGAAAACACUCGGUACCUAAUGACGCUUCUGGAGCGGGACGAAUGUGCCUCUGAGGAGGGGGAGCUGACCCACCCUGCCUCCCCAAGUAUCUUCGCCGAGGCCUGCAACAAUGAGACUUACAUGAAGAUUUGGAAUGACUUUGUGAACCGGUCCGGUGAGGAACAAGAACGUGUCCUGUUGUACUUGGAGGAGGAGGCCGCGAAGAAGCGGAAGAACAAAGUGGAAGACAAGUGGAAAGAGCACCCCGGGUACACGGCCAACGCAUGUUUCCAGCGCAUCAGCCGACGUCUCCGGACGACUCUGAAACGCAGCCACAUCCCCAUGGGGACCCUGGAGGGUUUGGAGGAGACGCUUCUGGACUUUUUCUCUGUGAGCCCCCACUCUGUCUACACGGCCAUGAUGGACAACAGCUUUGAGCGUCUGCUGCUUCACGCCCUAUGCCAGUAUAUGGACCUUGUCUCUGCCAGUUCCGACCUCAAAGGGAAACGCCAGAUGAAGGUCAGCAACAAGCACACAGCCUUCUUCCCGCCAGAACUUCUCCUCUCGACAUACCUGGAGCAAAUGAGCUGAUGCCUGCUGGAAGACGACAGAUCCUGACCCCUCCCUCCUCCACCACCUGGAUCCGGAGAUUGCCUCAUGAUGCACAACUUCCACUGGAGUUUUAGUUUUUAAAAAUGAGUUAAUAAAUUGUGUCCGCGGGAGGGAGGGAAGGCAUGGGAUAGUUGGGGGACGCUCCCUCCUCCUCCUUCCUCCAAAUAAGAAUCCGUCAGAUUGUGGGGAGGCCCAGAACGAGUAGACAGCAACCUCAGAGAACCCCUCUCCCAAUUUUGCCUGCUGCCGCUGCCACCUUCCAACAGGUUGGGGCUAAAAGCUGCAAAGGCAUUGGACUUGGAGCAGUCAUCUUUGCUACUCUGUUCCCUGGAAGGAGGGUAUUGAGAAGUGGCAGGACUUCCUCUGUUUGAGCCGGCCUGUUGGGGGCCUUUAGCCAGCCACACCGGUAGCAGGAAGAGUGUCUCUCCCCCGCCGAAGAGCCAUCUCUGCCUUUUUAAAAAAACCCACAGUGACUCAAAGGUCUUUUGAUCAAUUUUAAAACGUGCCCCUGAUUUAAUCAGACGCAGUUCUUAAAAAAAAAUGUCACUUAAAAACACAUCCAUAUUAGAAAGAGGCAUUCCCCCUUUUCGCAUAGUAGGGAAUGCCUCUUCUCAGAAGAGCGGUCACUUUUUUUCAGACACAAGAGUGGGCUGUCUGUUCAAAAGAGAGCCAUCCCCCUCCCUCUCUCUUAUUGUAGGGAAGGCCUCUUCUGAUAUGAGGCAUUCCCCUUUCUCACUUGCAUGGAAGAGGCUAUCUUCCUUCUCACACAGGAGAGACUGCCUCUCCUAAAAUGGAGGCUUCUGCAGCAUGGUGUGGGCAUGAUCCAAGAGAAGGUCUCCUCCCUGCCAUGUUCAGGAUUUCUUCAGAGAGAGAGACCCACAUCUGCAGCACAAACCCAUGCAGGUUGAGGCAGAAGCCACUAGUUUCAGGGGGAUUUACUCUCAGGUAAGUGUGCAUGGGAUUGCAGCCUUAAUCAGUCAAUUAAUUUUUAAAAAUAUAUAAAACACUUGAUUAAUCAAAUAGGUUUUAAUCAGAUAGCAGCCCCACAAGAUUUAUAAGUUUAUGAGUUUUGUUGGAAUGGGAGGGAUACACCAGGGGAAGCCAAGCGCCCCCCCCCCAAAAAAACUUGCUCCCCCCCAAAAAAAUAUUGGGAUAGAAAGCAGUUUAUUUUUCCACUCUGUUUUUUUAAUUUCAAGGCAAAGUGACAGCCUGUUGCUUUCACAACAGAGUUGGACACUUGUGUUGGGUUCUUUAAACAUCUAGCAAGUUUCCCUUGAACCACGUUUCUUCAAAUAAACAAAAUAUGGGGGUCAUUCUUUCCUUGUGCAGCGCAGGAGGGAGAGAGAAAGCAAACCCGCUCGGCUUCUGCCAGCUCUGUCCUGUCUCCCCCUUUCAGUGGCAACCGCUGAGCCUCUGAUAUUUACGGAACAUCUAUUUAUAAGUUUUAAAAAUAAGCCCGAUGGAACCGGGGUCAUUGCUCUGGCUUGGCCCAGGAUGGGUGAGAGGGAUCUUGAUGGCUGGGAUUUGUACUUGCUUUGGCUUUACUGCGUGUGGCAAAAUGUGGGUUCUUGAGGCACCUUAAAUUCACAUCAGAUUGAGGGGGUUGGUGAGGAGCCUUUUGAAAACGAGCAUGAGAAAUGCACAAAGACUUUGACCCAAGCUGGGUGAAACAGCAGCUCAUUAUCCACAGCACCUAUUAGCCAGAGGUAGACUGUCUCUGACUGUGGAGGCUCAUUGGGGCCGGUGCUUGUGGGUUUUAUUAAAGCCACCCUUGCCUUUCCAUAAUCCAAGCACUGCUAGGAACUUGCUUUGUGGUGUUGAGUGUUUGUUUUGGUGACAACCUCACUGCAUUCACACCGAUAAUUCCUGCCCUUGGGAGAAAACAACCCUUUUUGUAAAAUGUAAUAUAGCGUAUCUUUUUAUACCCAUAGGUUUCAAAGAGAAUUGGUUCUCAAAUUCCUUUGUACAGCCAUUUUUGGCAGACUAAAUAUUGCUCAGAUCUUUUAAAAUUUGCUCUCUGGUGCCAUAAAGUACAAGUCCUUUUUAAAAAAGCCCACACAAGUUGCUAGACCAUAAUAAGAAAAAAUGUAGUAACCCCCUCCUAUCCACACGUACUUAAGUUUACCAUUUGGGGUGUGGGAAGAGCCCCAACCUCUAAAUGAAAUUUCUGCUUUAAUGUUGUUAAGUGGCAAUUUACUCUCUUGUAUGAAGGUAUCUGGAAGGUGAUUUUUCAGGUUCCACAGAAUGUUUCAUCUGUUGAACAAAUUGCAGGAGAAAGGCAGGCUUGUGGCUUCAUACGGACCUUUCUCCAGAGUGUCUGCACAUUAAUUUUCUUGCAUGCUCAGAAUGUGGAACGCCAAAGUUUUACUUUUCAAUUCGAGCUGCUCUGUGUUGAGAAUCUUCUGCUAAUAGAAAAUUUGUGCAUUUGAUAGUGUUGUUUUCUGAGCUGGAGACUCUUUCGAGUGGUGUUUAAUUUUUGAAAAUCCGAUCUCUGCCCCUUUCUUCCCGAGACGGAAGCUCUGUGUGUGUUGCACUCUAUGCAUUGGCAAGGGGUGUGGGACGGGUGCUGCUCUGGGCUUUUCUAGGACAACCAGAAUCUUGGAAUGAACUGGGCCUAGUUAAAUGGUAACACCUUUCCCGGACUAGACCAGCAGCAGGGAAGGUUGGGAAGUUUGGGAGAAAGUAACUCCCUGCUCAUAGAAAGCUAGUAUGUAAGGGAGAAUGCCUCGGGUUCUCCCUUAGCUGCUAGUUUUCUACAUGCAGGGAAGGAUUUUUAUUUUUGGUGGGAGAGCAACCAAGCUGUCCUAUGAAGACACCCCUCGCAAUGCAGUGGUGCAAUCUGGGCAGAGCUUCUUUGUCGGAUUCUGCAGCUUGUAUCAACCAGCUUCGUGUGAGAUUUUGUGGCAAGAGCAAACUCAUGCUGUCAUGUUGAAACUGUUCCCGUGUAAAUAAAUAUUGGUGCUUUUGUGUUCUUUUCUUCCUAAA